AUGGUUGUGCUUCCUGUGCUAUUUUUAGGGCUUAGAAAAGAUCCGGAUGAGCCUCCAAUAUUCCCGGGUGGUUGGCCUGUGCUUGGACAUGCCCAUUUCUUCUUUGGUAAUACAUUAAAUUUUUGGAAAGUAAUUAAAACUUUAUCCGAGAAAUCCAUGGAAAUGGGUCACGCAACUCACUUUUUCAUGGGACCUGUCAAAUUCUACGUUUUAACGGAUCCCGAUGACAUAAACAAGGUAUCAAAUGUUUGUUUUCAAAAGGAUAAUUUCAGUUAUAAAUUCACCAAGGAUUUACUUGGCGACGGAUUACUUUUCUCACAUGUACCAACAUGGAAAAAACAUCGAAAAUUAAUAAAUCCGGCCUUUAACCAACAAAUUCUUGACAAUUUUAUGGGUAUAUUCAACAGUCAAUCCAAACUUUUGGUAACGAGAUUGAAGGUGGAAGUAGAUAAAGGCCCUUUCGAUCACUCAACUUAUGUACGACAGAACUUCAUGGAGACAAUAUGCUUAACAGCAAUAGAUAAUGCUGUCUCUGAAGAAGACGCUAUAAAAUAUGUCCAAUCGUUUGAAGCCUAUCUUAAUUUAAAUAUAUCUAGAUUUAUAAAGUUCUGGUUACAUUCAGAUUUCAUAUUCAAGUUUAGUAAUAUAAAAAAGCAACUGGACGAAAACAGUAAAUUUUUAACAGAAAUGUCAGAUUCGGUGCUCAAGAAAAAGAGGGCUUUAAGGAACAACGGUAUUCAAAAAAUUAAUAAUGAAACAGUUCCUAAAAUAAAAGUCUUUAUGGAUUUGAUGAUGGAUCUCGAUGGAGAAGUUUUAACUGACCAGGAGAUAAAAGAUGAGAUAAAUACUAUAAUAAUGGCAGGGCACGAUACUUCAGCGAAUGUUACUAUUUUCGCAUUACUAUUAAUUGGAUCAUAUCCUGAAGUUCAAGAACGUAUCUACAAAGAAUUACAAGAAGUAUUAGGAGAUAAAGAUGAUGUAGAGAAACAAGAUCUAUCAAGAUUAGUAUACUUGGAGGCUGUACUUAAAGAGACUAUGCGAUAUUACGUUAUGGCACCUUUUGUUGGCAGAUUUAUAGAUCGCGAAGUUAAAUUAAGGAACUGCACAUUGAAACCUGGUUAUAACUGCCUCUUUAUGAUGUAUGGAAUCCAUCGCAAUCCACUUUGGGGGCCAGAUGUAAACGAAUUUAAGCCCGAGAGAUGGCUAGAUCCCGCUACGAUGCCCAAAAACCCCAACAUGUUUGUCGGCUUUAGUACGGGAAAAAGGAAUUGUAUAGGUAAAACUUAUGCCAUGAUGUCAAUAAAAGUGCUACUCAGUCAUCUUCUGCGACGCUACAAGUUACAUGGAGAUCACACAAAAAUGGUGUUAAAACUUGACGUGCUACUAAAACCUGUUACUGGUCACUUAAUUACUUUAGAAGAUAGAUUAAGAAAGAAA